GAACAGAAUAACAAAAUAUCAUUUUUUAAUACAGAGAUGUAAAGUAUAAUAAUUUAGAAAAUAUUUUUAUGUUACUUUUAAAGGUUAUUAAAUCAACAACUAUUUUGUUACAAAAUUAUAAGAAAAUCCUAAUUUGAGAUGAACUUUUUCGUUAUAACAUUAUAACAUAGUACUUUCAUAAUGUUACAAGAAGCAUUUAUGGCUGGUAUAUGGUCAUCAGUAGGAAGUACUUUGGGAAAACUCUCAGGAACUUCAGAUGUGGUGGGUGAAAGUUACAUGUUAUGGGGUUCUCUGCUGGUUCUAAUGAUUUUAGUCAACACAUGGGGAUGUCGGUGUUAUCUUCGAUCAUUAGAUGCAUCUACCAGCUCAGUGGCACCAACUGUAAUAUCUUCUGCUUCUAGUUAUAUACUAUCAGGAAUAAUUGGUGUGGCAUUGUUCAAUGAAGCAUCAUCCUUCCAGUGGUGGAUUGGAACUGUACUUAUUGUACAAGGACUGGCAUUAGUAGCACGCCAACGCAAAAGCUAGUUUUGUGCAUAAAUAGUAAAAUACUGUUGAAAUUUAUAUAAUUAUGAUAACAUUCCUUCAAUAACAUAUUUUGAAAGUAUUAUAACUUAAUCUAUAUACAUAUAAUUUAUAAAUAUUGCUGUGAUAAAUAUUAAAUGUAAUA